AUCUGCUUGCACCUGCGGCACACAAGCGAUCGAUCACCGGAGUUACAGACAUGGCUCGAACGAUUCUUCAGCUGCUUCUGGGCGUGAUUCUCCUGGCGAAUCUUAGUCUUGCGGGCACAGCGAGGCGACCGCGAUUGGAUGGACGCAUUGUGGGCGGUCAGGUGGCGAGUAUUAAGGACAUUGCCUACCAGGUUUCCCUUCAACGCAGCUAUCACUUCUGUGGUGGUUCCCUGAUUGCUCAGGGUUGGGUUUUAACAGCCGCCCACUGCACUGAAGGAUCGGCCAUCCUCAUCUCUAAGGUUCGCAUUGGAUCCUCGCGCACUUCUGAUGGCGGUCAGUUGGUGGGAAUCAAGCGGGUCCAUCGACAUCCCAAAUUCGAUGCCUACACCAUCGACUAUGACUUCUCGCUCCUCGAGUUGGAGGACUACAAUGCGGAGAACGUAACGCAGGCAUUUGUUAAGCUUCCCGAACAGGAUGCGGACAUUGCCGAUGGAACUCCCGUUCUGGUUUCUGGUUGGGGCAACACCCAGAGCAGCCUGGAGCCCACAACCGUUCUUCGGGCCGUUGUCGUACCCAAAGUCAGUCAGACACAGUGCACCGAGGCCUAUGGCAAUUUUGGAAGCAUCACGGAUCGCAUGUUGUGCGCAGGAUUGCCGGAGGGCGGCAAGGAUGCCUGCCAGGGCGACUCGGGUGGUCCACUUGCCGCCGAAGGCGUCCUUUGGGGAGUUGUCUCCUGGGGAUACGGAUGUGCCAGGCCAAACUAUCCCGGCGUUUACUCGAGGGUGGCUGCAGUUCGCAACUGGAUCGCUUCUACUAGUGGCAUUUAAUUUCUUGAAUCAGUAAAACUUUUUAUCAGAUAAAACUAGCUUUCAAAAAUACACAUUAACAGAUAAAUAAACAACAGGAAGUAUUCCUUUAUUUGUUUUUGAUUUUUUUAAAUUAUGUUUUAUACGGAUUAUCACAUUUAUCACGUUAAGAUCUGUAACAAACCGAAAAACAGUUAGUUGCGAAGAUUGGGUCUCACAGGACGUACACGCUAGAUAUGCUGACUUACUUCUAUUUUGUAUGGUUCUUCACUGUUUGCGGGCUAUGGGGAACCCAAGCUCAAAAGCCGGAGUCGUUUCAGGGUUUCGAAAGGAUUGGCUCGAGGUACUUUUAUAUUGAAAAGCUGAAUCGAGUAAAUUGGUUUGCUGCAUUUAACAUAUGUCGCCGAAUCGGUGGUCACCUGGCUACAAUCACCGAUGAGCAGGAACUAGAGGCACUGGUCCAGAGAGUCAUUCCAGGUGCCUAUUGGUUGGACAUCAACGCAUUGGCGGAAAGAGGAACCUUUCUUUCCACUCUCAGUGGCGAGCGUCCUCCCUACUUCAAAUGGGCAGAAGGUCGGCCGACCAACAAAGAAAAUGAAUGUGUAGACUUGUACGCCGGGAAAAUGUAUAGUCCAAAUUGUUUGGAUAAAUACUUUUUCAUUUGCCAAAGUGAGCAAUCAAACUAAGUACUUAAAUGAUUGCGAUACGAACUAUUUUUUAAUUCUGACCUUUAUUUCUUGAUUACGUUUGAAAAUGACCCAACGUAACAAUAAAGAGGAUAAUGUCCAAUUAAUCAAAUAA